AUGACGGAUCCGACACGAGCAAAUUCGAAGACCACAUUCGUGGUCGGACCCGGCGCUGUUGACGGCCAGAAGGCCGGAUUGCUCUAUUUCGGGUAUGGCUCGAAUCUCUCGAGCACGCAGAUGUGCUCGCGCUGCCCCGGCUCGGAGACUGUAGGGCUGGCCUUCCUGCCUGGGUACAGGUUCAUUAUCAACGAGCGGGGCUUCGCGAACGUGCUGCCGGUCAAGACUACUACACCUUCCGUGGCCGACGAGGCCGACAAACCGUCGAAACCGCAAGAAGAAACCCCCCGGGUUCAGGAGACGACAGCGUCUCGUCACAUGGACGAGCAGGGAGUGUACGGCAUAGUUUACAGGCUUGGCGACGGGGACGAGGACCUGCUGGAUGGCUUCGAGGGCGUCUUGACUGGGACUUACGCCAAGGAGAUGCGGACCGUCGAGCUGCUCACAUCGACUGGCGAAUGGCAAGAGAAGCCAGCACUGGUAUACAUCGACGGCCUCAGAGUUUCAGAGGAUGUUCCGAGGCGAGAAUAUAUUGCAAGGAUGAACAGAGGGGUUGAUGAGGCGAAGAGGGAAUGGGGGUUGCCGCAGGGAUACAUCGACGAUGUCAUCAGGCGGUUCAUACCCUCUGCGCCUAAAUUUUGA